CUCAUCUCGACAGCCGCCUUCAUCUGAGUUAUCUCCACCAGCGCCCGUCGUCUUCAACCUUAGGAGCAGAGCUUUGGGAGAGGAGGGCGAGGGCAGCCAUGACGGGAGGUGGGCAAAGCGGCUGGCGGUGGAGGGCGGUGGCCUUAUGGAUUUCCGCGACCCGUUGGAGGAGGUGAGUUGAGGGCGGCUAAAGCGAGCCGAUGAGGGUGUCGACCGCCGGAUAGUGGAGGACCUCUGGUGGGCGGGGUAGGUGGUGGGGUGAGAAAUUGAAUUGGUUGGUGGCGGUGGGAGGAUGGCAGCUCGGUCGGCGGUGGAAGCACCCGGCGAGGGAGGUGCUCUAGCAGAUCUCGCUUGAAUGGCGAGGAAGAAGAACUGCCACGGGCAGCCGACAGGCAAGUGGUCUUUCGUCAAACGUGAUGAUGAUAGGCCCAGGCAAGCAGCUUCCGAAAACCAACAUGCUACAUGCUCUUCCCUCUUUUGUGCACAGGGAAGGCGGAACCCACCCAGAAGCACAGUGCGCAGGCAGUACCUGCCAUCAGCCAAGGCGGACGAAAAAGGAAAGAAGGGCCCUCCUCUCCAAAAAUAAGCCCAACGCGAACGCGGCCUCCCCUUCCCGGCUUCCCCUGCCUCCGCUCCUCUCGCCGUCUUCGCCUCCGCUUCCCCCUUCACUUCUCCAUACUUCGCGCUCCGCCUUCCUCCCGCUUUGACAACCUCCACCCCUCUUAUCUCUCCCUCGCCUCCCUCCCACCCACCACACGCAGCAUCUGAGAAAAGAGAGAGCGAGAGAGAGGCCGAGAGGCACCGACACGACCCGAUGUCAAUGUGGCGCGUGUCCCGCUCCCUCCUCCGCGCCGCCUCCGCCUCGGCGGCCGGGCGCGGGGCCGCUGCCGGCGCUCCCCGCCGGUGGGCCCCGCCGCCGCCGUGCGCGCUCGAGCGCUGCUGGCCCCGCCGCGGCUUCGCGUCACUCCCGGGGGCCGCGGCGGCGGCGGAGGAGGCGGCGCCGAGGAGGGACGGGGAGGAGGAGGUGACGGCGGCGGAGGCGCGGAGGCUGAUGCGGCUGGCCAACGUCGAGGCGCUCAAGCGGCGGCUCGGGGACGGGGAGGUGAUCCCGUACGCGGACCUGCUGCGCGCGUGCCAGGACGCCGGCGCGGCCAGGACGCGCGCCGAGGCCGCCGCGCUCGCGGGCGCGCUCGACGAGGCCGGCGUCGUGCUGCUCUUCCGCGACAGGGUCUACCUCCAGCCCGACAAGAUUGUGGAUCUUGUAAGGAAAGCUAUGCCCCUUGCACUGACACCUGAGAAUGAUCCGGGGAAGGAAGAGCUCAAACAGCUCCAGGCUCAACUUGAAGACAUCAACAAGCUCGCGCACAAGCAAGUCCGGCGCAUCCUCUGGUCUGGCCUGGGUUUCCUGAUCACCCAGGUCGGCCUCUUCUUCAGGCUCACGUUCUGGGAGUUCUCCUGGGACGUCAUGGAGCCCAUCACGUUCUUCACGACCACGACGGGCCUGGUUGUGGGGUAUGCCUACUUCCUCAUCACGUCAAGGGACCCGACGUACCGUGACUUCAUGGAGAGGAUGUUCGAGUCUCGGCAGAAGAAGCUGAUCCAGAGGCAGAACUUCAACCUUGACAGGUACCUGGAACUCCAGAGGCGCUGCAAGGAUCCCCUAGAGAAGGUGUGCGGCACGUCCAACCCUGACAUGGCUCAUCUCCAUGAGCUAUCCAUCCACAAAUGACAAAACAAUUCACCAUUGCUUCAUUACUUCUUUCAUUCUCUGGGAGCGAUGAUCGCUUCUAGCAAAAGUAACCGGUGUUUCUUGCACUUGUGAGAUAGACCUACUUCCUCUGCCUGGGACCUUUUUCCACGGUCCCCUCCUAUGCAGAUGUGUAGGUCAGCUUAAUCCCUUUUUAGCGAUGCUGAAGCACAAGCACCUGAUAGUUGAAAGGCAAGCUCAUCUGUAUGACCAGAAGCUUACCCGCUACCGACUCUGCUAAUAUACUGUCUCACUGUGACUUAUUAGCUCUUACCUUUGGUGGUAAAUCA